AAGGAGGACGCCGAGGCCGCGAGAUUAAAGAGCACACAGAGACGAGUCCUCUUUGAAUGUGACCAGUGAAUUGGCGAGAUAAAGCAGUGUGCGAAGCACAACCAACAAACCACACUGUUUCUAGUCACACCUGGUCCAAUCAAUAUGACAUUGAAGCCAGUUCAGGAGACGAGGAGCCAGGAAAGACUACUCCCAAAACGCCUUCAGAAGGUCGGCCCGGGAUACGAUACUUGCCACACAAUACCGGGCCUGAUUGUUGGCUAUCCCAACUUUUUUUUUCGUACGUGCGGCCGCGUCACCAAGACAUUUGGUGAACUUACAUGCGUAGUGCCAAUGAUGUAUACCUUCAAUUCAAAACAUAUACACUUUGAGUUAAGCUAGGUAAUAAUAAUCCGCUCUAAUGUAAUUUUCGAAGAUAUACGG